AUGAGUGUUGCAAUAGGGUCGAGAAGCAUCUUAUGGUGGCAAGGUACUGCAGCGAAAACCAGCUCGUAUUACACUGCUGACCUGAGAGAAGACAGAGAAGUCCCUGUGCGCGGCGAAGGCAAGACAAAGGUUGCAAAUGGCCUCAAGAAGUCCAAGAAUAGUAAGGUGAAGAAUGGUGGAGUGAAGAAAGUGAAGAAGCAACGUGGAGAAGCCGUGAAAGGCACGUGUAUUGAGCACAAAAUGCUCGGUGGAUCUGACGAUGAGAUGUAUGACAGCGAUCUCGUGGACGUAUCAGACAUGACUGAAGAUGUGAAAGAAGAAGAGGAAGAUGACGACAUAACGGUACCGAUGGCGAAUGCAUCAGACACACGUCAACUUGCCGUAGCAGUGAAUGAUAUAAAACAUGAGGAUUAUGAUCUAGCAGGUAUUCCCAAAAAGCGGUCAAAGAAAGCAAGAAGCUCGGAAUCAAGGGUAAGCGCUCGAAGAUGGCUGUGA